GCUUUGAACGCAUUCUUUGCGUCGUAUGCUCCGUGCUUAGCGAUCCGAUACUGCGCGAAGUGACCCCUGAAUCCUGAUCGGUGACCCAGUGAAGUGAUUGUGACAGUGUAGUGACCUAUGACUAAGUGAUUUACUUAACUUUUAAGGUAAUGGAUUGUUAGUUAAGUGUGGAUUUUAAUUUUAAGAUAAGCGUACGCGCCAGAGCGCGUUGCGCCAACACAGGGGCACGGUCAUUGUGUGUGGGGCACGAGCUGUUAGCGGGCACGGUCAGUAGGGUGCGGGUAGUGGGGGCAUGGGGCGCGCGGCGCGGGCGGGAUGGCGGUGAGCUGCCCCGAGGUGAUGUACGGCGCGUACUACCCCUACUUGUACGGCCGCGGCGCCGCCAGAUCAUUCCAUCACGCGCCGCACUUUCAGUACGAUCGGUUGAACGUCCAAAGUGCAACCAAUGCGGGGGACUACAGCGCUGCCGGUGCGCUUAGUACGGGCUCGGCGUCUUCCGGUGCGCACUCGCCCGCCUCGCCGCCACAUGCUCAUGGGCUGCAUACGGCCCACACAGCCCACGCAGCCCAUGCGGCCCAUACAGCACACGCGACUCACACGGCCCAUCCAACGCACUCAGCCCAUUUGCACGCGCAUCAUGCCCAUUCGCCAAGGUUGCGAACUAAGGAGGAAGAAGGACGAGCUAGCGCCGAUGGCGGCGGCUCAUCCGAGUCGGAGGGGGAAUGUGGGGCGAGUGGGCGUGCACGUGCGCAGUACGUCAGCGCCAACUGCGUUGUCUUCACGCACUACUCUGGCGACGUCGCGGCCGUCGUCGACGAACACUUCGCCAGGGCCCUUUCUAUUGACAAACCAAAAGAGGGUGUCCCGAUGGCAUCGCGAAACCUGCCCGCAUCGUUCUUCAACGCGGCGGCUUCGGCACCAUCAUGUUCAGGACUUGAUCUCUACGAAUAUGACCCUUGGCAUCAGCAUUAUGCUGGCUACGGUCACGCGGCACACAGACACGCGGCAGAAUACCAUGCGGCUGCAGCACACCACAACAUGGCGGCGGCAGGCUACGGCGGCCUGCUCCUCGGCCGGGGCUCCCUCCACGCGCAGUACAAACCCGUGGAGUGGGGUCACGCGCAUCACGCGCAGCAUCUCGACCCGGCUGCUUGCUCACCUUACUCCUAUCCUCCACCUGGCCUGGAAGCACAAGUGCAGGACACGUCUAAAGACCUCUACUGGUUCUGAGCGACUACGACUGGUCGCAAGUCGCAGCGGCUGAUCGCCGAUAAGUCGUUAGUGUGGUGAAGUGCGCGACAAAGUGAACUCUGAAGGCUGUAAAAGACAUUAGUUCUAGCUUUAGUUUUGUGGUGUGUUCUCGCAUUAGAUUAUAUUUUUGCUAAUCGAACAUACGAUUUAUUAAGACAAUAUUUAAAAAUACUAAAAUUAAUUGAGACAAGUAUACAAAAAGAAAGUGUUAAAGUGUAACAGAAAAAAUCAUUACAAAAAUCUAUUUCGAAGCGUACUAAAUCGUCCGAUACAGAAAAUUUUAAACGAAAAAUACAGAAACAUAUUUUAAAAUCGUUUUUGGUCGUUAUAAACAUAAACUGAGGUAAUUACAAUACAAUGGCGCGGCCAGGUGGUGGUCAAGCGGUCAGAGGGUCGCCGGUUCGAUUCCCGAUUCUUUUUGCGAAUUGACAGCUCGAUGAAUAAAAUAGUAGGAGCAGGUGGGCACGCGACUGUCACCUUUCACCAUUGGAGCGUGGAAUUCAUUGCUAUCCAUUAUGAGGAAUUAACAAUCAAAUGUUUUUAGACUAGGUAGAAAUAUAUGAUUUGUAGCAAAUUCGAUUGCGCUUAUAUAUUUUCUCAAAUUAAAAGAGACAAAUGUAAUACAUUUCCGUACUAAGAAACGAUUACGUAACAAUAAAAUAAAGUUUAAAAAAAAUGUUCUUUAUAAAUACAAUUCCAAGUUUUAAGAAGCUUAAAUCAAUUGCUAAUGAAUGGGGCAUUAAAGAUAUAGUAAAGUAAUCAAGCUAAAUUAAAGUCACCGAGUAAAUAUACACAAUAAACAAUUCAUACGCUUGAAAUUCCAGGAAAUGAUUAAAGAACUUUAAAUAUAAUCUAAUGCGAGAACAGGUGCAACAUAGCUAAUGCAGUAGAUAUAGACAUAUGUAAAUAUAUAUACCUGAUAUAUAUCUAAGCUAGUCUAGUGUACAUAGAUAAGAUUAGUUAGAUAAUGGAGGACCGGCGCAUAAUAUUUGUUUUUCCGUUUACGUCUUGAGCAAAGAUCUGGGGCCUACCAUAAUUCAUGCUGUACCUACGGAGAAAAUUGGCACGUUUGACAUUUCUCUAGCUUACGCGAAGGACAAGAAAAUCAUUGUUUUUAUUUUUUUCAGAUUUUAGUAUCCGUUGACCACAAGUCAUAACACUGAUUUAAUUAAUUGAUAGUAUGAAUUAACCAAUCUCUUAUUCUUUUAUGGUAGAACCCAGUCUUUUUGCCUCUUCUGCGUCUUAAAUUGAUGAUAAAUUUAUGUCUGGCUAUAACUUAUUUAGAAUUAUACCGAUCAACUGAUGUAAUACAUAUACAGUUAAGUAGUUAUACCACGUAAUGUUAUGAAUGUGCAAUAAAUGUAUAUACCUAUA